AUGCAACGGAAUUACGAGAGUGCGCUCAGGCUCCUUGAAACGCGACGGCGCAAUGGUCGACCUGCAGCUGUUAUUGCGUCCUCGGGAGGGUCACGGGAAAACAACUAUCAUCCGCGAGGGUUACCGAGCCUUCACGGCAUGAAGGAAUGGCUAGGAAUACUUGGUUAUACGGAAAGGGACAUCAAUGGAUUGAAUAUCGUGCACAUCACUGGAACAAAAGGCAAGGGAAGCACAUGUGCAUUUACUCGGUGUCUUCUUCGAGCCCACGGAUUGAGGACAGGCUUUCCCCGGCGUAUCGGGCUUUAUACCUCUCCUCAUUUACGAUGCAUUCGGGAGAGAAUACAAAUCGAUGACCAGCCUAUCACAGAAGACCUUUUCACCAAAUAUUUCUUUGAAGUUUGGGAACGUCUUUUUCUUGAUGGUCAGCCAAAUAUACAACCUGCUGGGCAACCGCGCUUUUUGCAGUUGCUAGCUCUCACGGCUUUUCAUACAUUCCUCAGCGAAAAGGUCGAGGCGGCAAUCUUUGAAACACACCAUGGCGGGGAAUAUGAUGCUACGAAUGUUAUAGAAAGACCUGUUGUUUCAGGAGUCACAUCCCUUGGUCUGGAUCAUGUCGCGCAGCUAGGCCCCACGGUGGAAGACAUUGCCUGGCACAAAGCUGGAAUAUUCAAGACCGGCUCUCCCGCUUUUUCUGUCCAGCAAGAACAAGGCCCCAGGGAUGUUAUGAAGAAACGAGCUGAGGAAAAGGGAACCACGUUGGACUUUGUCCCAGUCAACAAUAACCUACUUCCGAACGAUGUUGAAGUUCUUGGUGUGCCUGUACAACGGAUAAAUUUUUCGUUGGCCAUUGAGCUUUCUAGGAUCUUGCUACAAGCGAAAGCGCCUGGAAACAUGCUCACAAAUGGCGAUAUAUCGUGCGGUGUGGAGCGCUUUUCCUGGCCCGGGAGGUUUGAGAUCAUCACGGAGGCUACUACUACGUGGCUCGUGGACGGCGCGCAUAACGAGUUGAGUGUGGGUCAGGCUGCCGAGUGGUAUGCUAAUGUGACGCGAAAUUGCCCUGUGGGGUAA